GAUGACUUGAGUGCACUUCAAGAUAAAGCUAACAUUUCUGAGUCCGCGGGUGGUACUGUGAAUGAUGUUGUCCCUGUUCUUCUCGAUACUGGAAUGAAAGACCCCAAUGUUGCAUCUGUGGUGUCCCCCAAUCCUAGGCAAGGAAAUAGGAGAGUCACUAGAGCUCAAGUGGCUGCUGGGAUGAAAGCUGAAGGGUGUGAGGAAGGGGCACCAGUCCAGUUCACUCUAUUGGAAUUUCUGGAUGCUGGCAUAGAGAAGGGAGCUAAACUAAAGUCAAUAAAAACUGUGAAAGCCAUGGAAAAGGGUAAGAUUGUGCUUAACCCUGUUAAUACUCCAAUGGUGAGUGAUGUGAACAGUUUACUUGAAAAUUGUUAGACGAUAGUGUUGUGAUUGAAUGUGUGGGGUCUAAAUGAUCCUUCUAAACAAAGAGAGGUAAAGAAAUUAAUUAGGGAUCAAAGAGCUGAUUUGUUUUAUUUAGUUGAGACAAAGGUUAGAGAUAGGAAUGGCCUACAGAUAAAAGAGGCCUUAUUUCCAAAUUGGGGUUUCCUCAAUAAUUAUGAUAAUCAUGAAUUAGGAAGAAUUUGGGUUUGUUGGAACACUAAUAUUUUCCAUGUCUUAAUGGUGUUAAAGGCUGAUCAAGUUAUCCAUUGGGAGGUGGUGUUUCUUUCUAAUUCAGCAAAAUGGGAAGUGCCUUUUGUUUAUGGUGCAUACUGUGGUUUUAAAAGGCAGGAGAUGUGGCAAGCCAUUUCUGGAUCACAAUGGAGGACUAGAGAUAGACCUUGGGUGGUUUUGGGGGAUUUCAAUGUAGUUAAAGACUAGAGUGAGAGGUUUGGCGGAUUGGGGAACCCUGGUUUUGAAGCUGAAUUUGCUAAUUGGAUGGGUGUUCAAGGACUAUUUGAUCAUCCUUAUAUUGGUGUUCUGUUCUCUUGGAAUAAUAAGAGAGAUGCUACUGCAUUUUUGGCUAGGAAGUUGGACAAAGCCCUCAGUAAUUCCAUUUAGUUAUCUGUUUUUCCUUAGACUCUGGUCGAGUUUUACCUCCUGGGAUUUCAGGCCAUGCUGCCAUCUUUUUAUCCCUUUAGUCUGUGCAGAAUGCUAGUCCUGAUUCUUUUAAUUUCUUUAAUUUCUUAACUGCUAAUGAUCAUUUCCUUGAAAUUGUAAGUCAAGUGAGGUCUUAGGUUGUUCAUGGAACUCCUAUGUUUCUCCUCUACAAGAAAUUAAAGCUCCUGAAAGUUGAGUUAAAGGUCUUUAACCAGACCAGGUUUGGAGGAAUUUCUGUGAGACUUGAAGUUGCUAAGGCUCAACAUGACUCAGUCCAGUUAAGUCUCCUGAAUAAUCCUGGUUGUUCUGAACUCUGUAAGUUGGACAAAGUGCAGAGGAAGCUCUUCUGUACAAAUCUGUUAGUAGUGCAGAGGAAGCUUUUCUCAGGCAGAAAUCACGGGUCUAUUGGCUGAGGUUGGGUGACCAAAAUAGUGGCUAUUUGCAUAGAAUGGUGAAAGUGAAGGCAGCUAAAAAAUAAACUAAAAUGUCUUUAUGAUGCUUCUGGGGCAAGGGUGGAUAUUCGGCAGAUUAAAGAGUUAGCAGUGAAUUUCUAUCAGCAGCUAAUAGGGACUUCUUUGGUUCUAUUUCUGACCUUGCUCAGAUUAUGCAGAAGACCCAUCCUGAGCAGCUGAGAAUGGAGUUGCAUCAGGAAGUUACAGAUAGGGAGAUUCAAGACACUUUGUUUUUCAUGGACGGUGACAAAGCCCGUGGUCCUGAUGGAUAUACCGUCCAAUUUUUCAAGAAAGCUUGGCAUAUGGUGAAGGGUGAUGUCUUGACUGAUAUUCAUUCUUUCUUCUCCUCAUCUAAGCUCCUAGGUGAAGUGAAUGCUACCAUUAUCACUCUUGUACCUAAGGAUUAAGUUUUCUGCUUUUGUAGAUUGUCUGCGAGUAAUGAUAUGAAUCAGGUUCUAUAUAUUGCUGCAGUGACAGGUAAAGGUAGAAACAUUGUAACAUGGGAUACAAAAACCUGGAAGAGGAUAGGAUCAAAGACUGUAGUACGUGACACAAUUUUGGCCUUCAUUGUUUCACGAGAUGGAAAGCUACUUGCCUGUGGGACAACUCAAGGUGAUGUUUUUAUUUUAAAUUCAGCCAGUAAGCAGUUUCAGACGGUUGUUAAGAAAGCACACCUUGGCUUUGUAACUGCACUUUCAUUCUCGCAUGACUCAAGGGCUUUGGCAUCUGUAUCCCUGGACUCAAGUGCAAGGAUGACACUAAUUGAGGAAAAGAAGGACGCUGGUACACGCCUCACUUGAUUAUUUGAUCCGAUU